AGACAGUUUCAAUAAUUGUUCAGUAAUCACCUGCCCUUUCUCUUGCCCGAAAAAAAGAGAGGGAGGAAAUAUUUGGAUUAUCUGUGUGGACUGGUGAAGUGGCCUGAACAUGACGACUCUAAUUAAAAUAGUGUCCUGCUGUCUGAUCAUCUUUCAACUGACUGAUGGAAGGAAAUUUUGGGGUAACAGAGCAGACACUGAGGCUGGAGAGAAGAUGAAGAUCCCCUACAAACCUAAAUCAAUCUUCAGGCUUUACACUGACAGCAUAGAUGAUACAUGCACAGUGGAGCUCUUCAAGCCUCACACUCUGGACACUUGUGGUUUCAAUAGCAGCCAUCCUCUGGCUAUCAUCAUUCAUGGCUGGUCGUUGGACGAAAUGAUGGACAACUGGAUAUCCAGGUUGGCAUCGGCACUAAAAAGCUCAGAAGGACACAUCAAUGUAAUGAUUGCAGAUUGGCUGACUCUGGCACACCAGCACUACCCUAUAGCUGCUCAGAACACACGCAUUGUGGGCCAGGACAUUGCCCACCUGCUGAGGUGGCUAGAGGAUUUCAAACAAUUCCCUUUGGGAAAAGUACAUUUGAUAGGUUACAGCCUUGGAGCUCAUAUAUCUGGGUUUGCUGGGAGUAACCUAGCUGUGUCUGGAAAAACCUUGGGAAGAAUUACAGGUUUGGAUCCUGCGGGUCCAUUGUUUGAGGGAAUGUCUCAUACUGAAAGACUCUCACCCGAUGAUGCUAGCUUUGUGGAUGCCAUCCACACAUUCACCCAAGAGCGCAUGGGGCUCAGUGUGGGCAUCAAACAGCCUGUUGCCCACUUUGACUUCUAUCCCAAUGGAGGAUCAUUUCAACCAGGGUGCCAGCUGCAUGUGCAAAACAUUUAUGCACAUUUAGUCCAGUAUGGGAUUAUGGGUAUUGAGCAGACGGUGAAGUGUGCCCAUGAGCGCGCUGUGCAUCUCUUCAUUGACUCCCUGUUGAACAAAGACAAGCAGAUUAUGGCCUACAAGUGCAGCGACAACACGGCUUUCGAUAAAGGCUACUGUCUGGACUGCCGAAAGAACCGCUGUAACACUUUGGGUUAUGACAUCAAGAAAGUCUGCACCGGCACAAGCAAGAAACUGUUUCUCAAAACCCGUUCACACAUGCCCUACAAAUUGUUCCAUUAUCAAUUCAAGAUCCAGUUCAUCAGCCAAACUGAUAAGAUGGAGCCCACCCUCACAGUCUCUCUAGCUGGGACACUGGGAGAAAGUGAACAUUUACCCAUAACACUAGUUGAGGAGAUUUCAGGUAACAAGACUUUUACCUUCCUCAUCACUCUGGAUACUGACAUCGGUGACCUGAUGAUAUUGCGCUUCACCUGGGAGGGAAGCCCAGUAUGGACAAACAUGUGGAGCACGGUUAAGUCCAUGAUACAUGGGACCAAAAGCAGCAGAGGACCACAGCUCACAGUGGGGAAGAUCACAGUGAAAGCUGGAGAGACCCAGAGGAAAACUUCGUUUUGUCCACAGACAGAUGAAGGCGUGUACAUCGAGCCGUCGCAGGAGAAGGUGUUCGUGCGCUGUGAAAAGAAGCGGAGGAUGAGGAUGAUGAUGAUGAAGCACGACUAAAGCAAACUCACCUCACACCUGAUCGUGUCUUCAAAGCCUUGGGGACGAAUGGGACUAGAUUUCCUGUAAUAUAUGCUUAAUAUUUCGAACUUUACAUUUUUUAUGAGAAAUUAAAGAAUGACCAAGUGUACAAAGAUUUUGUUAUUAAAAACGGGUUUUGUAUUUUAAUUACACUGUAGGCUAUGCCAACUUUUAGUAGAAGUCCUCGUUCCAGAAUCUGAUUGGCACAGGCACAGGCCGCUCUCUUGAUUGACCCUGUGUUUUAGUGUUGAUACUGUACCACUGAUCUUUAUCUCGAUUCUAGAGCAGUUGUUGAUACCUGUUUGUGAUGUCUGUGUGUGGACCGCACUGCAGUAUGGAGCCAAAAGAGUCUCAAUAAAGAUAAAUGCACACACUACAUGCACACAUAGGAUUCAUACAUGCAUACACAUAAUUCAUAAAUACACACACAGGAUAUACAAAUGCGCAAAAUUUCACAAAUGCACACACAAAAUUGAAAAAGCACAGAAGAUUCACAAAUGCAUACAAAAUUCACAAAUGCAAAAUUCACACACCAAUGCAGUGAAGUUCACAGGCCGCAAGCAGUUUGUAAAUCAAGAUAUGUUUGUGUGUGCAUCAGAAAUACAUUUGUGAAUCUUGUCCUGUGCAUUUGUGAAUCUUGAGUGCAUUUUCUGUGCUUUUUCAAUUUUGUGCGCAUUUGUGUAUCCUGUGUGUGUAUUUAUGAAUCAUGUGUGUGCAUUUAUGAAUCCUAUGUGAAUGUAGUGUGUGCAUUUAUCUUUAUUGAGACUCUUUUAGCUCCAUACUGCAGGGGAGAAAUUAUGUAACAACUUUGUUGGUACCAUGUUUAGCACUUGAACACUGUUAAGAGCUGCCAUCUUUGCCUUUUUAAUUCUAAAUUCUGAAAUUAUUAAGCUCCCAAAACUGACUUAAUAUCGUUUCAAUACAGGUAAUUUAUUUUACAAACAUGACCUCAUACCAAGUCAUAUUUCUAUGGCACUUCAUUAAAGAUGCUUUCUUUUAAUUAGCAGAAAUCCUGAAAUAUAUUUUUUUAAACUCAAUGUUAUUAUUGCUCACUUACAGGAUAACGUAUUGCCAGUCUAUUCCUGGAUAAAGUAAAAAGUAGACAGAUACAUCACUUUCCUCUGUAAAAUUGCAACUGAACUUGGCAACAAAUGAUUAUGUAUUAAACACAUUUGACACAACUACACAAAGGUUGACAACAAAAUGUUGUUUAUAAGAAAAAUGAUUUGUGAAUCAUUUUCAAUUCAAUUCAACUCAAAUAUAACCUGAAUGGAUGAUUUCUAUCAUUGACGUAUACUGUGAUGGCUUGUUGAAUACUUCAGCGGUGCUCUUGAAAUAUACUGUUAUAAUAUGCAGUAAACUAAUAAAAAUAAUAAAAACAUACAUUAGUAUAAAUUUGUAGAGCAUACAGGCAAUUAAUAAAAUUUACACAACAUGUAUGGACAUAUUUUACCAGACAGGGAAAGGAGCUUUUGAUCAAGGCUAUUUUAUUAAUGCAUUUCAAGUACUUCAAAAAGAAAAAAAAAAGUAUGUAUUAAAAAUUGUCAAAAGUGAGCGCAAAAUAGAAGAGAGAGGAAAUAUAAAGCAAAAAAAAAAAAAAAAAACUAUGAAACCGAGCAGACAUUAAAAUCAAACAGUAGUAUUAGACAUUUUCUCCAUCUUGUUUUUCAUAUUCUAUCCACACAC